AAGACUUCGUGCCAGAAAUUCAUUGACGGAUUUGUCGGGCGCAGGAUGGAGGACGACCGCCAUGGCAUGUCGCUGGGCGUCCGCCAGAGCCUCCACAGCAACGAAGAGGUCUACGCGCGCAAGCAGAACGCGCUCGAGCAGAAUCGCAUUCUCCAGGAGUCGCUGGCCGGCAAGAUCCGCGAGAUGAGCUUCCUCGAGUCCGAGUACGUCAAGGUCAAGAAGGAAGCACAAGAGUGGAAGAAGAAGUUCGACUACGUUUUCCGCGAGAACGAGCUUUUGAGCGUUGAGACGGCCAAGCUCGACGCGGCCACAAAGCAGAUUGGGUUCCUACAGCAAGAAAUUACGUUCAAGACCGAAGAGAGCGAGGCGCUGCGCGGCCUCGUCACGGCCCUCGAGGCCAGCAACAAGAAGAACCGCCGGCGCAACCUCGACUCGCUCAACUCGGCGCUGGCUGGCGCAGGUCGCUCGAGCAGCUCGAGCGAAUCGGAUGGCCUGCGCAACUCGCGCAGCAGCGUCAAGUCCGACAAGGCGGCCGAGGCGCCCAAGGCAACAUGCAGCGGCAACUGCCAGCAAGCCGAAGUCAACGCGCUCCGCAACGAAAACGGUCUGCUUGUCAAGGACUUGGAUCGCAAGGACCAAGAGAUCAAGAUGCGGGACGAAGAGAUCAAGAUCCAGAAGGAGCGCAUCACUGGUCUCGAGACCACGUUGCAGACGGAGCAAGAGAUGCAGCUCAGUCGCCUCAAGGAAAAGCAGGAAGAAGUCUCCAAGAUGGAGUCGCAGCUGCAAGCACUCCAGCUCAAGAUGGACAUUCGCGCGAGCACCGACUCGAUUGCCAACACACCGCCGUCGACGCCGCCGCCGAUGCCGGCGCCCGCCUUUUUCCACGACGACGAAGAAGACGCGGCCAAGUACAAGUGGCAGCUCCAUACCGACGUCAUCUCGCCCUACACCAAGACGUACGAGCCGUACAUGCUCACGGGUUUCAUCGAGAAGGUGCCCUUUGCGCACCGCGAAGGCGUCGGGCGCAUUUUGCGCCAGCUCAUCGACGGCAACCCCGCCAAGUACCCGCAGGACAAAGUGGUCUCGGAGACGAAUAUGGUCAUGCAGAACGUCCCGGCCGAGGUCGCGACCGGCAUGACGGAGUUUAUCCUGCCGCUCCUCAAGGGCAAGCACCACUUCAAGGUCGCGUACUAUCAGAUGCAGCGCGUCAUGAUGGUGACCGACCUCAAACUCGUGAUCGAGCCGCGCGAAGAAGAGUACGUCGCCGCCGUCACGCAGCACUCGGAGCUCGCGGCGCACUUGUUCCUGGGCCCGCGGCCCGACGACGUGCCCAACAAACUCGUGCUCCACACGGCGCGGUACCUGCACCCAGACCGCGCCCGGUUCAUCUCGCGCCCCGACGGCAACGAUGAAGAAGACCUCGAGCUGGACCUCAAUGCCAUGAGCAUGACGGCGUCCAACCGGCGAACUUCGAAUGCGUCGUUUACAGGCGACGAGCGCCGCGGUGGCCUUCUCUCCAACUCGUUCUUGGGCGCAGACGACGGUACCGGGUCGUCGCGCCGGGGCGGGCUUUCCAAGACGAUCCUCGGACUUGGUUCGAUGGCGGCUGCCGCGGCCAAGAAGACGGUCACCAAGCACUUUGAGAAGAAAUUCGUGCACCAAGGCUCGCGCUGUGCCGUGUGUUCGGUGACGCCCAUCAUUGGCAACCGGUUCCGCUGCGCAACAUGCGAAGGCUACGACUUGUGCGAGAACUGCUACGCCUUUGGCGCCCACGGCCUUGAAAACACGGACGAGAUGUUUGGCCGCGUUCAGGAGCUCGUGCUCCAGCGCUGUCCGCGCCUCAAGCAGGAGGCCGAGCUCCUCGAGCUGCUUCGGUUUGAGAUUUGCCGCUCGAGUUUGCGCAAAUUCUCGUUUGUUGUCAACUGGCUCGCCGACAUUGUACAAGGGCGGUCGACGAAAGACCUGCGCGCGCGCGCGAUCGAAGUGCCGGCCAUUCGUCGCGAAGUGCGCAAGCAGUUUGUGCCACUUCUCAUGAUGGUGGUGAGCGAUCGCAUGGACAUUGAAGUGCGCACCGAGUGGGAGCUCGAACUCAACCCGGAUCUGGAAAAGAAUCUGCACAACAAGGGCGAGGGCGCACACAACGCGUGUCUCGAAGUGCUCCGGAUCUGGGUCGCCGACAAGUUUAGCACGACGUCGCCGUUUGUCGAGCGCAGUCUGCACCGGUACAAGGAAGGCGACGACGCCGACGACGAGAAUGCCAAGUCGAUGGUCGGGACGGCGCCGCCGCUCGCGACCAAGACACCACCGCCGCCGCCGAAUCGCGCGACCGUCGAUCAAGUCGCAACGCCGACCGAGACCAAGUACAUGUUUCAGGAAAUGUAA